AUGGCAACAAGUUGUAAUAUUAAAGUGAUGGCUAGAUUCCGUCCUUUAAAUUCAAAAGAGAAAGCAGAUACAUCAUCACCAUGUAUAGCUCAGUUUCCAGAGGAAACACAGUUGGUUGUGAAUGGGACAGGUCCUCAUAGAGACCAAUCGAUUCCAUUUACAUUUGAUAGAGUGUUUCCUCCAGAGACGACACAAGAGGAUAUAUUCCAACAGUUGCAAUCGACCAUUGACGACAUCCUCAAUGGCUACAAUGGCACCAUUCUUUGCUACGGACAGACGUCCUCGGGCAAGACGUUCACCAUGUUUGGACCGGACGACCGCGAAGACGUCGAGAAUCAGGGUAUUGUGCCGCGUGCCAGCGUUCACAUCUUUAACCGCAUUGCAGAGGAUCCGAGCGGAUCAGAGUUUACCAUCAAAUGCUCAUUUGUAGAGAUUUACAUGGAGAUUAUCAAAGACCUUCUCAACCCAAAAAACAAGAACCUCAAAAUUAGAGAAAGCAAGACAAACGGUAUUUGGAUUGAAGCUGGCAGUGAAAAGAUUAGUAAGACGGGUGCUGAGGGUCAGACACUUGAAGAAGCUAAAAAGAUCAAUCAGUCGCUAUCGCUACUCGGAAACUGUAUCAUGGCGCUGACCGACUCGAAACGUGACCAUAUCCCAUUCCGUGAUUCCAAGUUGACACGUAUUUUGCAAGAGUCGUUGGGUGGCAACACAAAGACGACAUUGAUGGUGACGUGCUCGCCACAUAUAUCCAAUCUCGAAGAAUCUAUAUCGACGUUGAAGUUUGGAGCUCGUGCAAAGAUGAUCAAGAACACGGUCAAGAUUAAUUCACAAAAAUCGGCUGCCGAGUUGACCAAGGAACUAGAGACUCUGAAAAUGUACACAAACUCGUUGGAAAAGUUGAUAGAGUAUAUGAAGUCGCCAGACUAUGUCCCGGGUAAAUCUGCAUUGCCCGAUCUUGCUAUAUUGACCGCUGCACAGCAACAACAACAACAAGUGCCAAGUGCGUCAACGACAGCGGCAGCCAAGACAAAGACGGCAAGACAUUCGACUGCGUUGUCGGGCAGCGCUGCGCCGGGUGCGCCAACGGGCAACCAUGCGGCGGCAGGUGGGUCGUCACCCAACCGCCACUCGGUCGCAUAUUCUCAGUCUCCCAUGUCGGCGAUAUCGCCACCCAUUGACUUUAACCCAAUGGCAAUGGCAGACAUGUCGGGACAGAUUGACCGUAUUCGAGAAGAGUGUCAAGAGAUGAUUGACAAGUGCAAUGACGAGAUUUCAGAGAUCAAGAUUAAAUACGAGACAACGACAGAGGAACUGAUUGGUGUGCGAUCCGAACUAGAAGGUGCACGCGAUACAAUCAAGCAAAAUGACGCCGAUCAAAAGGGCGCCAAGGAAACAGAGCGCAAACUUCUCACAGAGGUUGAAGGUCGCGAGCUCAAGAUUCACACGUUGGGACAGCAACUCGAAGACUACAAGAUGUUGGCUACACAGGUCGUGCAGUAUUUGGAACGUAAAAAGGUGACCGACGAGUACUUUGAAGGUGCCGAUGCAAACGAUUCGUCGUCACUAUCGACCAUGUCGCGUAGUAUAUCGUCUACAUCGUUUGAUGAAGACUAUGACUUGAACGGCCCAGAAAACAUCAAUAUUGAAGAGGUUAUUGGAAACCUCUCCGAAGAAGAGGUGCUCAGUAUGCAGAUCAAACUACAGCUACAAACCAAGGUCAACAUACUCGAACAACGCGAGCUGCAAUUGUCAGAGGAACUCAGAUCGAUAGAGUCACUCUUGACCGAAAGCAACAUUAAAUAUUCAGAGAUUGAAAGAGAAAAGAAAGAACUAGCAAUCCGAUUACAAUCUCUUAUGGAGACACAAAGAGACAGACAACAACAAUUAAUUUCAACAUCACAAAUUAAUUUGGGUAAAUUAUUGUCAGGUGAAGAUCAAACAACAACAACGUCGUUCUCACCUAUCACCUCAUCACCACUAUCACCCAUUUCACCAUUGAAACACAAUUCAACCGAAAACAUCCUAGAUCUAUCGUUGGACUAUCAAAAUGGUCACAAUAAUAGUAGUCUACUAGAUCAAUCAAUAUCUUCAGAUGUUUCAAUACACCUACAACUACAAUUGGAACAAAGUGAAUUGGAUAAAAGAAACCUUGAUCUAUCUGUUGUUCAAUUACAACAAGAAUCAAGUGAAUUAAAAGAAAAAGAAUUAAAAUUAUUACAUGAAUUAAAGUUAUCAAAAAAUGCAAAUGAUAAACUUUUACAAGAUUUCCAAUUAUAUAAAGAGGAUAUUGGAAUGAAAACUAAAAUACAACAGAAUCAAAUGACUAAUCUUCAUAAUGAACUAACAAGUUUAAAGAACAAAUUAAAACAAGAAAAGAAAAUGAAAGAUCAAAUUCAAAAUCAAAAUAUUUCAGUGUCAAAAAAAUUAAAUGAUUCUAUUAAAAUUCAUGAAGAGACUGAAGAAAGAAUGAAAAAGGAAUUGUUAUCAAAGGAUAAUGAAAAUAGUUUAUUAAAAGAACAAUACAACAAUAUGGUGGAUCAAUGUGAAGAUCUACAAGAGCAAUUAACUACGGCUCACAGACUAUUGGUUAGUAGAAAAGUUGUAAAGAUUGUACGCUCGGAUGAGAAAGCCCAGAAGCGAGCCUACGAAGUCAAAGAAGAUUUUGGUCAACAUACUUUAAAAAAGACUGGAAGGCAAUUAUUUUAA